CAAGGGUUUCGUUUCAGGUUUAAGCCUGAUGGUGAUACAAUUCAUGCAACGUUACGACGAGGAUCCGACGAACACGUACAUAAAAGAUUUCGACUAUCCAAUUUUCAAGAUGCCGUUCCCAGCCGUUACCAUUUGCCCUUUCUCGCCCAUUUCGCUCCAAAGACGCUUGAAAAUUAUGGACGGCGCCAUUUUGCCGGAAAACGUAACCAGAGAAUUGGCGAUGACUUUCUUAAAAUACGGCCAUCACAUAAUGUUGCCCUACACUCCUGUAAAGAAGUACAAGCACAUGGACAAGUUGCAAAUGUUCCUGAAGGAGAACAAAUGGACCGUGAUGGAUUUUGUGAAGAACCUGAAACCCUGCGAGGAUGUGGUCGAAGCGUGUUGGUGGAGCAGCGAGCGAAUCGAUUGCAACAAGUUCAUCAAGAUCUCGCUCACUUCCUACGGAUGCUGCUGCUCCUUCAAUUAUCUUCUCGAAGAAUUCGUGGGACGCGAAAAACAACAGCCGAACCCGAGGCCACUAGCCUCCGUCGAUUUCGGUCGGAGGAGCGGACUGAAGCUAGUGAUAAAGAAGGAUGUCCUCAACGAUGACGACAUCGGCGAGAACGAACUUGAUGAAGUAAUUACUAACAACGAUGGCGUUUUGGUGAUCGUUCAUCACAGCAUGGAGUUUCCAGGACUCAACUCCAAUUCGUACGCCGUGCAGAAGCACCGCGAGAUGCAGAUCAGUAUAAAGGGAGAGGCCAUUAUAAAGCCGGAAGGAUUGGAUCAUCUCAACUCGGCAAACCAAAAGGUCCCUGUGUGCAUCCCGGGAAACAUAAAUACCUUGGAAUAUUUUCCCACUUAUCGGUACUUGAACUGCUACACGAAUUGCAGAAUAAAAAUGAUGAUCCGCGUCUGCGGAUGCUUGCCGUACAUCUUCAGCAACAUAGCAGAGCAUUACAAAAUCAAACGUUGCGGCUUGAAGGGACUGAUCUGCAUUCAGGAGCACUCGAAAGAGAUAAGUAUCGACAAGGACGUCAUUAUGCCAAAUUUUACCUGUUCUUGUCGUGCACCGUGCCAAGAACUGGUUUACGACAGUUUUCCCAACUCGAUGUACCUGACCAAAACCAACGCUUCGUCUAGCUACAUACAUGUAUCGGAAGAGAGCGCUGUUUUAAGGGUCUUCAUGAAUUCGCAAGUCUUUCAGAUCACAGAAACGUUGCCAGCGGCCGACGAGGUGUAUCUCUUAGGUAACGAUUCGAAACAAGUGCCCUCUCAUACGUUUACCUUCGAGGAAACUAUCUUUUAUUGCAGAAUUUUCGUAUAUUUUUAUAUUUCAGCGUCGAUUGGAGGGAUUUUUAGUCUGUUCCUCGGCUGUAGUUUCCUAAGCCUGGUCGAGAUCGUUUAUUUCGGUGGCUUGCUAUGUCGUGCAAUUUUCUUACGGCCUAAAAUCAAAUCAACCUCGAAGAGGAAGCGAAUCGUCCACGAUAGUCACGUUGAUCCUCCAUCGUAUAAUUAUUGAUCGUUAGUAAGUAUACGCAGACACGUGUAUCACGGAUCGAUUAAACGUUUCACUUUUCUCUUUCUUUGUGUCUUCAAACACCCUUUCUAUCGCGGAAUGGAACAGGGAAACGGGUCAGCUCUACGAAUCGAUGGCUCGGUUCGGGAGAUCUAUUGUGUAACGCCGCUGGCAUACGUGGAGCACCAAGAAUCUGGAGCAAUUAGAUCUAUUUCGAGCGAUUACUGGAACGUCGCGAACACGUUUACAUCCACGGCGGUAAAAAUA